AUGACUUCCCAAGCUUCUGCCAGCCAGAGUGGCGUCGGUUUCGGACAGAUUGCCCCGCCCAACUCGAGCGGCGUCUCGAUCCUCAUUGUCGGCGCUGGCUUUGCUGGCCUGUCGUGUGCAAUAGAAAGUAAGAGGAAAGGACAUAAGGUCCUGGUACUGGAGAAGUUUGAAGAACUGAAGGUUCUUGGAGACAUAAUAUCAUUUGGAUCCAAUGUCGGACGCAUCUUUGAACGCUGGGGCUUGCAUGACAAAUUCUGGCCGGUGUGCACUCACGUAGACAAGCUCACCCUGCACAACUCGCAGGGCGACAUCCUUGUCGAGCAGAAGAUGGAGAACCCCCUCUACGGCGCGUACUCGUACAACGGCCAUCGGGGGGACCUCCACUCGAUGCUCUUCGACUACGCGCAGUCGCUCGGCAUUGAGAUCCGCUUGGGCCAGGACGUCAGCGAGUACUGGGAGACGGACUCCGAGGCGGGCGUCAUCUCCAAUGGAGAGAGAAUUUCUGCGGACGCUGUGGUGGGUGCUGACGGGGUGCGGAGUCGCGCUCGGAAGCUUGUCCUGGGAUAUGAGGACAAGCCCAAGUCGUCUGGGUACGCGAUAUAUAGGGCCUGGUUUGACUGCGAGGAGCAAGGCGUAGAUAAAGACCCUCUCACAAAGUUUAUGUGCGAGAACGGAGACACAUUCCACGGCUGGAUCGGUCCCGAUGUUCACUUCCUCGUGAACACCUCCGGCGGAGGGCGGAAGAUGUCCUCGGUAAUAACACACAAAGACGAGGCUGACAUAGAAGAGUCCUGGUCGUUCCCUGGCAAGAUGGAGGACUGCCUGAAGAUCGUCGCAGGUUGGGACCCGCGCUGUGCCGCUCUCCUGUCCAAGGCGCCGUCGCUGGUAGACUGGAAGCUGGUGUACCGAGACCCUCUGCCGACAUGGAUCAGCAAGGGCGCCCGCCUUGCACUCAUCGGAGACGCAGCCCAUCCUUUCUUACCAACGAGUAUCCAGGGAGCUUCCCAGGCAGUCGAAGACGGAAUCACCCUCGCCGUGGUCCUUCAACUAGCAGGGAAACAGAACGUCCCCUUAGCCGUGAGAGCAUGGGAGAAAAUUCGGUAUCAGCGUGUCCGAAUGGCCCAAGUCCUCGGUGAGACAAAUCGCGAUAUGUGGCAUAAAGCGAAGCCAGAUGCGAAGGGGGAGUCCGUAUCCCUUCCCAGGCCUGAGUGGCUGCUCGGGCAUGACGCAGAGAAGCAUGCUUACGAGGCGUAUGAGGGCGCGGCGAAAGAUAUUUUGGAGACAGGAUACAAGUUGCCGACUCUACCUCCUGUUCCUGCGGUAUCUGUCGCGGCCUAG